GAAAAAAAUGUAAGAUUUUCAGCUUACGCCGUAAGAUUUCUCAUUAAAAUGUAUAGUAAUGAUAAUUAACAAUUGAUACCGAAAAUAGUUCUGAGUUUGAGUUCUGCUUCGACUUUGAGCAUGCUCGUUUUCAAAGCGAGGUUUCUCGCCAUGCGCGCCAAAUAGAAAACUGCUUUAUACGAAAAAAUGGCGGCGUUGAGUGGUGGAAGUUGGGAAACCAACUUUCAGUCAUUUUACAACUGGAAGCAGACACUUGAAACUGAGAAGUGGAGCAAAAAAUUCCGAAAAAUAGAUGAUAACCAGGAACUGAAAUGGAGAACUGGAGCAGCAACUUUCUGGGCAAUGGCUUUUAUGCCCUUUAUAGUAGGACUUCUUCAUUUGACAUCCAGUUUCAGAAUCUUUAGCCCCUUGCUUUGGAUUGAAGAUGCUAUCACUAAAGUGCUCUCAGGCUGGUUCCUUGCUUCUGUACUAGUGAUCCAAGUUUUAUGCAUCCCUCUACUGCUUGUCCAUUUGAAAUGCACAAAGGUUCAAGUUGUUCCUUUGGAGACUAGAUGGAAGCAAAUUCUGUUCAUUUUGCACCCAAGACAGUUGAUCUGGAUAUUGGCUAUAGCCACAGACUGCCUCAUUCUAACAAUAAUCUUCAUGAGUUUGAUAUAUGACAGCAUUGCAACAAACCUAUGUAAAAAUGAAUCUAAGUGCAUCAGUCUUUUCAGAAAUUCUAUGCUUUUCUAUGGUGUUCUUUGUGGUGUCAGGUACGGAAUUGUGUAUUUCAAAGAUAGCAACUAUGUGAUACAAUUUCCAGUCAUUCAAGAAAAAAGGUUUUUUAGAACGCGAGCAAUCCUUCCUAGCUGCUUCAAGAACUCUCUAAUUAGUGCAGUUCAGUCUCUCAAAGUCUUCUACAUUUUGAAUAUACUAGUUGGCCUCAGUUUUGGUCUUCUCAUUAACGUCUUCUCUGGAUAUGAAAGCAUGUACUCAUUCGCCCUGAAUGCCCUUUCAAUAAUGAAUUUUUCAUUUGUGUGGCUUUGUAUGGUUAUUGGUACAGCAAUAGCAAUGAUAUUAAACAUCGCCGAGUGCUUGUUCAAGAUCUUUAUUACCCAGUCAUAUUCAUUCUUGUUGGAAAAAGAUUUCAUCAGUGAUCAUCGGUUGCUGCUUCAAGAAGCGUUGUUGUCAAAUAACCAAGUUCUUAAACAUCUUGGUUUUCUCGAUCUUUGCCACAUCGGAAAAUUUGAUGAAAAGCGCAGGAGAUCUAUUUUUGCAAUUUCUUUACCAGGAGGCCAUCCUGAGAACUGGAAUCUGGUCCUAUCCCAGUACCUAACAGCAAUCGAGGAAUCAGUCAAAAAGUUUCAUGAAGCUUACUCACAGGAAGUGAAAAUUAGGCAGACAAAUGUUAAAUCGCCAUUUCUGGCAAGUCCUUCUCCUUCAAGUGUGCCAGCUGUUACUUCUCCAAAGACAUUUCCAUCGACAAAAACUGCUUCUCUCUUCUCACCAGUGAAAUAUUGGGACUCAACCGAAGAUGUUUCAGAGAUAAACAAGAAACCAAGAGCUGGAUACAAAGACCACAAGCAAAUUUUGACGCAAAAGAAGGCAACCUUACUGUCAUGGCUGUUUGAAGAGCGUCCCGAUUACAAAAAAGAGUCCCUUUUUCAAGAUCAACAAUUAGUUCUGUGGGCCCUUGAAGGUCUUUCAACACUAAUAACGGCAUCAUUUAGUGAGGAUGCAUAUGGUGUUGUUCAGAGGAUGCUACCAGAUAUCUUGAUUAUCCUCAUGUCCUAUCAAGAGACAAUUGAAAAGUUCUUGCAGACUUCUAUCGCUGAUGACAAAAUGCAAGUAAAUAAACUCAAAGAUUUCCAAAAGAAGAAGGCGGCGACAGGCAUAGCACAGUCAUACAAACUAGCCGUUCAAACUGCAAUUUACAGAAUUACUUCGAAAUUUGGAUGUCAUCUAGACUCGGUUAGAAUUCCACGUGAAUACCGAAGACGACUAGAUGCCUUCAUUGAAUUCCGUGAAUAAAAACCGCCGAAAUGACAUACUUCUCGAGGAGCAAAGUACUAGUUCCGUCUUCGAAAGGAGGAAGCUUUGGAAAGCGUUUGGUUAGCACGGUUAGUGCUCGACUGGAGGAAGAGAGACGGCUUAUUGUGUUGUUUUAAAAGUAUGAAUAAUGCUUUGGGGUACUAGAAUCUUGCUUUCAAAAAAAGUUGUUAAUUAUUCAAAUAGCUUUAUUUUAGAUGAUCUAAUUUUUUGUUAGUGGUUAGAAUUGUCAUAAUCUUGUUGAGAUUGAGAAAAUAAACCUGUUUACCUGGUUUCAA